CUUGCACGGCAUGGCAAGAAGCGACUUAAGCGACCAUGGAAGUCGAAAGUCUCGCCAGACAAAUGUGAUGAAUCUAAUCUGUUGCGUGAUGCGCCAAGUCAAGAACCUGAAUUUGGUAUUUCUAAACAACGAAAUGGUGAUAACGAUUCAUCACAACAGAGUAUCUUACCGAAAAUAAAAGAAACCCCGUCCAGUCUAGACUGUGGCAAAGGCGAUUGAAUAGUGCUAUUUAUGGCCAACUGCAGGAAGGUGGCGAUGACAACAAAGCAAUUUCGUUGGUUGCCAAAACGGAUAACGUUUCAUCCAACGACGCUAUAUUGUCAGGCGACUUCAGAGUUUUGAAGGCUUUCCUUAAUUCAGACGACGCGCCAUCCCAAUCAAACGGAAGUUCCCAGCACCUCAACAUUCUCCAGAAACACAAGCGAGUAGACGAAAUGCUAAACGAUCUUUGCAAUUUCACGAAUGACCCCAAAUCAGUGUUGAACUUGAGCAGAAGUGAUGGUAAAACAGCUUUGCAUCUCGCAUCAGCCUACGGAACGGUGUUAUUUGUGAGAAAGAUCCUAUCGCUUGGAGCGAUGGUGGAUGAACGCUGCAUGGCGGGGAGGACGCCGAUCCACGAUGCUAUACUGUCCGAUAACGAAGAUAAAGAAGAUAUUGCAGCGGUUCUUUUAGAAGCAGGGGCAGGCACCAACAUAACAGAUAAGGACAAAAUGGCAGCCAUUCACCACGCUACCAAUAUUGGCAACGAGAAUAUCAUAAAGAAACUAUUGCAGAAAGGGGCGAACGUUAUGACUGUAAACAGCAUUGGCCAAACUCCGCUACAUUUAGCAGUAAACCACGGUCCCCCGGUCCUCGAGUCUCUCUUCAGCGGCGGACCAGGCAGGGACAUACCCGACGUGAACGCCCGCAGCAGCGAUGGUGUAACGCCACUGCAUUUGGCAGCUGUAGUUGGAAAUAUUGAAAUUAUGGAAUUGUUGCUCAAAAAAGGAGCAGAUCCCACAAUUGCCGCCGGGAAAUGGAAGGAAUCUGCGCUCGAGAUGCUAUAUCACAACUGCCUAAUAAAGUUAAAACAGGAUGAGAUGGCGUGCAAUAUCAGGAUCGCUCAGCAACUAUCGGAUGACGCCCUCAUCGUAGCUACACCUAGGCCAAUAAACACAUCUUUGCAUUUCGCGACUGUCUUUAGGUCCAUUGCUGUUGCCAGUCCGGAUUUAUCAGAUGGCUACGAACGCCUAUCAAACCAGAUGGACUGCUUAGCUGUAAAGUUGAUGCAGCACUGUCUCAAUAGAAAUCAUGCUCUUUCACUGGUGGAAGAAGACGGAAACUAUUUGUUGAACUACGCCCUCAAGUACAAACACAAGAAGUUCAUUUCAGUUCCGGUGGUGCAGAGAUUAUUGCAUGGUAUCUGGCAUGGUUCGAUUCUCAACUACGUUACCUAUCCGGAAAUAUCACAAUCCUGGCCGUAUUUUGUAUUGUUCUUCUUUACUCCAAUUCUAUACCCUAUUGCCUUGAUCCUCUACUCGAUCACUUGGUUACUAGGUGUAUGUUGCAGCUGCCAUAGCAACGGAGGAGACUUGAAUGGCGGAGGAGGUGGAUGUUGUCGAUGCAGUUGCUUUGGAAACAAACUCUACAAAGCCUUUCGGGAAGCGUUAGAUUCGUAUUUCCAGUUCGUGUCAGAGAUCGCCCUCAACUGCCCUGCAGUGAAAUUCCAGGGAAACCUAAUGUCUUACAGCGUCUUUUUGAUGUUGUUAUUUAUUAAAAGUCAAUAUCUACUGAUCUCGACUACUUACAUAGCUUACAUUGACGCACUGCUGUUGGCGUUUUUGAUUGGACAGCUUCUAGAAGAAGUACAGCAAUACAGGAACGAGAAAUCAUUCUGGUUGUACGUCAAUAAAUCUGGCAACGUAUUUGACUUUAUUAAUAUCAUCGGGCAACUGACAUUGAACAUCGUGGGAAAUGUGGUCUCUUACCACUCAUAUGACGUCAUCAGAAUCUACGGUCCUGGAAUUGAAGUUGGAAUGGCGUUGAUAACCAUUGUAGCCUGUAUAAGACUACUAUAUUUCGUAGAAGUGAGCAACCUCCUGGGGCAGAUGCAGAUAACGUUUGUGAGUAUGGCUAAAGAUUUCUUUCUGGUAUUCGCAUUUCAAGCAUCUGCCUUGGUGGCAUUUGGCCUGGUAUUAACCAAGGUGUACUCCCUUGCGGUAAUAUCUUCUCACAGCAUAAUUACAAAUAUCACCGUAGAGAAUGCUGUAUUGAAUGCCACAAGUACAGCCCUGAGUGAAAAUGCCACAGCCGACUUGACAGAAGUCGACAAGUAUCUUCUUUAUGUUCAAAACAGUACAAACUCGUUAUCAGUGUAUACCGUCAGUCUUUUCUGGGGUCUGUUUGGAUUAUCGAAGAUCGAGGACUUCGACGUGGAUUCCCGCGCAAUUGAAUACAUUGGCAAAAUCUUACUGGGUGCAUAUAACUUAUUUGCUGUCAUCGUUCUUUUGAAUACGCUAAUAGCCAAGAUGAGCGACACGUACAACCGCAUCGAAGUAAGUCAUUGGUGUUGUCAAUGCUCGAAGCGCCAUCUGUGGCCAUGUUGCGCUAAAAAUUAUUACUCGUUUUUGCAAGCUGGUCGACUUAGUUUCUCGUGA